GGGAGUGCCCUUGUUGUGAUGAGCACUGGGUGAUGUAUGGAAGUGUUGAAUCACUGUAUUGUAUGCCUGAAGCUAAUGGGACACUGUGUGCUAACUAUACUGGAAUUAAAAAAAGUAGAACUAGGUGACUGGGAAAUUAAUAGUAAUGUCCUGUAGACAAUUUAAAUAUAUGUACUAAAAAUGUAAAAAUAAAAGAAUGCUGCUUCAAUUAAUGCCCUUUUCCUACCGUGAACACCUUCAGUGCCUUCUAUAGGAUAAAGUCCAAAUUUCUCUGCCUUACAACAUCCCCUACCAUUUGGUUGCAGAAUACCUUACCAAAGUACCUUUUACUUUGUAUAGGACGGAACUGACUUUCACUCAUUCACCCUUUAACACCUACCCCCACACCCACCUGUCCCCAUUCAUUCUUUUUUCCAUUAAAUACUGAGCACUUCUGCUGUGCCAGAUACAACUUGGGGCACAGAAGACUACAAAAACUGAACAAGGCAAAGACUCUGCUUCUAACGUUCUCAUACUUAAGCCUUAUAUUUUAGGCAGGUCAGUAUUGUGUAUCUUGAAUACAUCUUAUAUAUGCUUGUCUCUUUUGUUCAUACUCUUCUCCUUUUCUCUUUCUUUCAUUCAACAAAUAUUUAAUGAUCGCUGAUUGUGUCAGGUAUUUUUCACUGGGUGUUGGUAUUAUAGCAGAGCAUAGUCCCCGCUCCCUUGGAAUUUAUGUUCUUGUGAGAUGAAUAAGACAUUAAGCAGACAAAUAAAAUAUAUGUCAUAAGGGCUGUGAAGUAAAUUGUAGCAGAAUAAGGAAGAUAGAACGUAGUGGUGUGUGGGCCGUGGUGCUAUUAUUUUAGAAGGAAUGGUGAGAGACAGCCUUUCUAAUAUGGUAAUUUGAACAAAGUCCUGAAGGAACCAAGGGAGAGAAACAAGAGGCUAUCUGAAGGAAGAGUGAUUCAGACAGAGGGUGCAACAAGUAUAUGUCCCAAGGGUGCACCCUUGGGACAGUGAGGUGGUCAAUAGAGCAGGAGCGGAGAAAGCGAGCAGGAGAGCGCUAAGAGAUGAGUUCUGAAAGGUAGAAGGGUCCAGAUCCUGAAGAUCAAUUACUGACCAUGGUAAGCACCUUGGCUUUUGGCUCUAGAAUGAGUUGUAUCUCCUCUGAAUGUUUACUUCACAUUCCUUUGUGAAACCUUCCUUGACCAUCCCUGUUGACAAUGAUUUCUGCCUCUAACUCCUGGCACAACUGCUGACCACGUCCUUUGUUGUUUAACUGACUAAGGCAAUGCCUGGUUGUCUUCUUAUGUGUCCUCUGUUUUGUCCUAACUUCUUUGUAACUUCCUCUAGCAUAGGGACUCGUCAUUACACCUUUCUGUCCUAAAUUUUGCUUUGUAUCUAGUGUAUGUUUGUACCUAGUGUAUGUUUGUUUGGUGAGGCUCUUGCUUCAGAGAUCAGCAAUAGGAGUUUGAAAGUGAUGUCUAAGAAAGAAGGGAAAGGACUUGGUGGUUAAAUAUAAGGAAUGAUGUCAAGGUUUUGUUAUCCUGGGAUGAUAACAGUGCUAUGGACAGAUGAAGGAAAGCUAGGAAGAGAAACUGAUUUUGGGGUAGAUAGACGAAUUUGGUUUGCAAUUUACUGACCUUUGCAUGCUAGCAGGGUAACCACAUUAAGCUGUGUAGAAUGAUUUGGGUAUGUCAGAACAUAUACAGAGUAUUGGUGUUAUUUGCUGGUAUUAUUUGACUGCUGACUACUGUAUGUAGUUUCAAGAGCAGGGACAGCCUCCUACUCAUAUUUCUAGUGCCUGGAACAAGGGCUGGCAAAUAAUAGGUGCUUAGGUCAUAGGCACUUAAUAUAGUUCUACUGAGAUGAGAGGUAGCUAUGAUGCACAUUGUCAAUAGCUCAUGGGCCCUGGAAUCACAUUAUUGUGGGUCUGAAUACCAGCCCCAGCACCUUCCGUGCGUUGUGGUCUUGGUUGAGCAUGUGACCCCUCUGAAUCUCAGUGUCCUCAUUUGGAAAAUGGAACGAUAAGACCUUCCCUGCAGGGCUUCAGAUAAUGAAUGUAGGCAUAGAUCCUGGCACGGAGUAGUGGUUUAAGAUACAAUACCUAUUCAUUCAGCUGUAAUUGUUAAUAUUAUUAUUAUAAAAAAGGUAAUGCUUUCACUAUUGAAUUUCAGACUCUUAGGCUUAGAAAAGAUCUCAAAAGUAACCUGUUUCUGAUAACUGUUUUGUGUAUUUUAGUAACAUUUAUAAUCAGAUACGGUUAGUGUCCAAUCUGCAUAGAAUCACCUACAUCAGCCAAUCCUGCCAAUGCAUAUAGAACUCGGACACUAAUAAGUUAAAUGUUGCUGGAACUUGGACUCAUAGUACAUCAGUUACUGUUAUUAUGUACAUUAGUAUUCUAGAAGCUUACACCAGCCAUUAUAUUCCCAUCUAUCAAAAUAGCCUCAUGGUGGGAUAGGACUUGAUAGACAUGUUGGAUGACAAAUAAUAGUGGAAUUACAUAGUAUCUUGCGUUUGGAGAUGUAUCUCCUUAAAUAGGAUGGGAUCAUUUUACAGAAGAUGAAUGAAAUUAGUGCUAGAUUUAGAGAAGCAGAGUUUUUUCUUGAUUAAAUUUUUUUAUUUUUUUAACAUACCUGAAAUCUUUUUUCUUCAGAUCACACAUUGAGAUUUUGUAGCUUUUUGGACUAGAGUCCUUUUCUGUUCCUUUUUUGUUUUCUCUUGAUGUAACUCACAAAUUGAAAUACAUCUUUUGAAAUGGUUUCCUGAUUUUGUAGGUCUCUUCUGGCUCUGAUUCCUUGGGAGCUGCUGGGUGCCUCUCAAACUGUAUGCUUACUUUUUGCUUUGGAGCAGAUGUCGUGGCACUAAGACCCAGAAACCGUUUGCUCUGUGUGGCUGGAGCUGGGCAGGCUGUGCUCACACUGAAGGGAAGGAAGUCAUUAGUGCAGACUGAGCUGUGGAGUUGGGUUCUUGCAGGAUUUCCUUCCAGCCUUUCCCCACUAAGGUUCUUGGGAAUUAAAAAAAAAAAAUCUAAACACACAAACCAAGUUUUCCUAUUUACAGUGUUCAGGGAAGGUAGGCAUUUCGGGAAAGGCAGAUCCUUUCCCCAAGUUAGCCAAGAAGGAAGAAAAAGCAGCGUAAAGAAGCUCUGAUUACAGAUCUUUGGAAUUUUCUUUGCUAAAUUUUACAAACGAGAAAUACACCCAGAAUUUUGGGAGUUGCUCCAGGCUGCGCGUGAGGGUUUGAUUGCUUGUCUAAUCUUUUUUUUUUUGAGAAGAGGAGAAUUCGCCAAAAGGGGUUUGGAUGGCAGGAGCCCGGCUCCGUUUCUGCAGCAGCUCUCGUCCUGAGUCUGUUCUCUGAGGGAGGGUCUCUGCAGCCGGCUUGGAGACCCCCUGCCGCAGGCUCCUUUUGCAGGCGCUUGGCUGGGGUGGGGGAAAAUGCCCCGCUCUGGCAGGAGUACGCUGGUUGCUGCUGGGACUUCCUAGCCCGGUGGGAAGUGUGUUCGUGGUGUGGGGAUACUUUUCAUUGAACUGAAGGCGAAAAGACUGGACUCUCCUGGGCUUUUUCCCUUCGCAGUGAAUAUGGGGAAGAAUUAGGGGGUGGGAGGGAGGCAGCAUGACUUGCAGUCGCGGCUGCCCUGCAUCUGCCCCCAGCCCCCAGCCAGCAUCUUGAUGUUCCACGUAUCGGCUGUACAAAUAUGAUGAAAUGGCAGCCCCGGAAGAAGGCAUACUUCCGACAGGGUGUUGCCCUCCAGUACCUCGGACGUCAUGCCGAUGCCCUGGCAGCCUUUGCAUCUGGACUGGCUCAGGACCCCAAGAGUCUCCAGCUUCUGGUGGGGAUGGUAGAAGCGGCCAUGAAAUCUCCCAUGAGAGACUCCCUCGAGCCCACUUAUCAGCAGCUUCAGAAAAUGAAACUGGACAAGAGCCCCUUUGUGGUCGUAUCUGUGGUUGGGCAGGAACUCCUGACAGCUGGCCAUCAUGGCGCCUCUGUGGUUGUCUUAGAAGCUGCUCUCAAGAUUGGCACCUGCAGCCUCAAACUGAGAGGUUCGGUUUUCUCCGCCCUGAGCAGUGCUUACUGGUCUCUUGGAAACACAGAGAAGAGUACUGGAUACAUGCAGCAGGACUUGGAUGUAGCCAAGACCUUAGGUGACCAGACAGGAGAAUGCCGAGCUCAUGGGAAUCUGGGCUCUGCAUUCUUCUCCAAAGGAAAUUAUCGGGAGGCUCUCACUAACCACAGGCACCAGUUGGUGCUCGCCAUGAAACUCAAGGAUCGAGAGGCAGCUUCAUCAGCCCUGAGCAGUCUGGGCCACGUGUACACAGCCAUUGGUGACUACCCCAAUGCACUGGCCAGUCACAAACAGUGUGUUCUUCUUGCCAAGCAAUCCAAAGAUGAGCUUUCGGAGGCCCGAGAACUUGGCAACAUGGGAGCUGUGUAUAUUGCCAUGGGUGACUUUGAGAACGCUGUGCAGUGCCAUGAGCAGCAUCUGAAGAUAGCCAAGGACCUGGGGAACAAGCGAGAAGAGGCCCGGGCCUACAGCAACCUGGGCAGUGCCUAUCACUACAGGAGAAACUUUGACAAGGCCAUGUCUUAUCACAACUACGUGCUGGAGCUGGCACAGGAGUUGAUGGAGAAGGCCAUUGAGAUGCGGGCCUAUGCCGGCCUGGGCCAUGCUGCCAGGUGCAUGCAGGAUUUGGAGAGAGCUAAACAGUACCAUGAGCAGCAGCUGGGCAUUGCUGAAGAUCUCAAGGACCGGGCUGCAGAGGGGCGAGCGUCCUCCAAUCUGGGAAUCAUACACCAGAUGAAAGGCGAUUAUGAUACUGCACUGAAACUCCACAAGACCCACCUGUGCAUCGCCCAGGAGCUGAGUGACUACGCUGCCCAGGGUCGUGCCUAUGGGAACAUGGGUAAUGCCUACAGUGCUCUGGGCAUGUACGACCAGGCUGUCAAGUACCACCGGCAGGAGCUGCAGAUCUCCAUGGAAGUGAAUGACCGUGCCUCCCAGGCAUCCACACACGGGAACCUGGCUGUGGCUUACCAGGCCCUGGGUGCCCAUGACCGGGCCCUGCAACAUUAUCAGAACCACCUGAACAUUGCUCGGGAGCUUCGUGACAUCCAGAGCGAGGCCCGGGCCCUCAGCAACCUGGGCAACUUCCACUGCUCUCGGGGGGAGUAUGUCCAGGCCGCCCCCUAUUAUGAACAGUACCUGCGUCUCACUCCUGACCUUCAAGACAUGGAAGGAGAAGGGAAGGUCUGCCACAAUCUCGGCUAUGCCCAUUACUGCCUUGGAAAUUACCAGGAGGCAGUAAAGUACUAUGAGCAGGAUCUGGCGCUGGCCAAAGACCUUCACGACAAAUUGAGCCAGGCGAAAGCUUACUGCAACUUGGGCCUAGCCUUCAAGGCUCUGCUGAACUUCAGCAAAGCUGAAGAGUGUCAAAAGUACCUACUGUCCCUCGCCCAGUCCCUGAAUAAUUCCCAGGCUAAAUUUCGAGCCCUAGGGAACCUGGGUGAUAUAUUCAUCUGUAAAAAAGAUAUAAACGGUGCAAUAAAAUUCUAUGAGCAGCAGCUGGGCUUAGCUCACCAUGUAAAGGACAGAAGACUGGAAGCCAGUGCGUAUGCAGCACUGGGCACGGCGUACCGCAUGAUCCAGAAAUACGACAAGGCCUUGGGUUAUCACACGCAGGAACUAGAGGUCUAUCAGGAGCUGAGCGAUUUGUCGGGGGAGUGCAGAGCUCACGGGCACCUGGCUGCUGUCUACAUGGCCCUGGGGAAAUACACAAUGGCGUUCAAGUGUUACGAAGAGCAGCUGGAUCUAGGGCAGAAGCUGAAGGACCCCAGUCUGGAAGCCCAGGUCUAUGGCAACAUGGGCAUCACAAAGAUGAACAUGAAUGUGAUGGAAGAAGCCAUUGGCUACUUCGAGCAGCAGCUGGCCAUGCUGCAGCAGCUAAGUGGAAAUGAGUCUGUGCUCGACAGGGGCCGGGCCUACGGCAACCUGGGAGAUUGCUACGAGGCCCUGGGUGACUAUGAGGAAGCUAUCAAGUACUACGAGCAGUAUCUGUCUGUUGCCCAGAGUCUUAAUCGCAUGCAAGACCAAGCCAAGGCUUACCGGGGGCUAGGAAAUGGACACAGGGCAAUGGGGAGCUUGCAGCAGGCCCUCGUGUGCUUUGAAAAGAGGCUCGUGGUCGCCCAUGAGCUCGGGGAGGCCUUUAAUAAAGCCCAGGCCUAUGGAGAGCUAGGAAGUCUGCACAGCCAAUUAGGGAAUUACGAACAAGCCAUUUCCUGCCUGGAACGCCAACUGAACAUUGCUAGAGAGAUGAAAGAUCGAGCGCUGGAAAGUGACGCGGCCUGUGGCCUCGGUGGCGUUUACCAGCAGAUGGGGGAGUAUGAUACAGCCCUGCAGUACCACCAGCUUGACCUGCAGAUAGCAGAGGAAACCAAUAACCCCACGUGCCAGGGGCGAGCCUACGGGAACCUGGGCCUGACAUACGAAUCCCUGGGCACCUUCGAGAGGGCUGUGGUCUAUCAAGAACAGCACUUGAGCAUCGCGGCACAGAUGAACGACCUGGUGGCCAAGACGGUGUCAUAUAGCAGCCUUGGAAGGACCCAUCAUGCCUUGCAGAACUAUUCCCAGGCAGUAAUGUACUUACAGGAAGGUUUAAGGUUAGCUGAGCAACUGGGCCGAAGAGAAGAUGAAGCCAAAAUUCGCCACGGUCUUGGUCUGUCCCUUUGGGCUAGUGGGAAUCUGGAGGAAGCCCAACACCAGCUCUACAGGGCAUCGGCCUUGUUUGAAACAAUCCGACAUGAGGCGCAGCUGAGCACAGACUACAAACUGUCCCUCUUUGACCUGCAGACUUCCUCCUACCAGGCCUUGCAGCGGGUGCUCGUCAGCCUCGGCCAUCAUGAUGAAGCCCUGGCCGUGGCAGAAAGAGGACGGACGAGGGCAUUUGCCGAUCUUCUGGUAGAACGACAGACAGGACAGCAGGACUCCGACCCGUACUCCCCAGUCACCAUUGAUCAGAUCUUAGAGAUGGUUAAUGGCCAGAGGGCACUAGUGCUUUACUAUUCCCUGGCCGCUGGCUACCUGUAUAGCUGGCUGCUUGCUCCUGGGGCAGGAAUUCUGAAGUUUCACGAACACUACCUGGGUGAUAACACAGCGGAAAACUCCGGCGACUUCCAGACUGCCAGUAGUGCGGCCCUUCCAACAGCCACGAGCUCGGCCCUGGAGCAGCACAUCGCCAGUGUGCGGGAGGCCCUGGGGGUGGAGUCUUACUACUCAAGGCCCUGUGCCAGCAGUGAGACAGAGAGCGAAGCCGGAGACCUCACGGACCAGCAGUUUGAAGAGAUGAACAACAAGCUCAACUCGGUUACCGACCCCACUGGCUUUCUGCGGAUGGUUCGCCGCAAUAACCUCUUUAACAGGAGCUGCCAGAGCAUGACGAGCUUGGUCAGCAACACCAUGUCGCCGAUCAAGGACGGGACCUCCUCUCUCCCCCGGAGGCAGAGCUCGUUCGCCAGGCCCCCGCUCCGCGCUCUGUACGACCUGCUCAUAGCGCCCAUGGAAGGGGGCCUGAUGCACUCCAGCGGCCCCGUGGGCCGGCACCGGCAGCUGGUCCUGGUCCUGGAGGGGGAGCUCUACCUCAUCCCCUUCGCCCUCCUGAAGGGAAGCUCCUCCAACGAGUACCUGUACGAGCGCUUCGCCCUCAUCGCCGUGCCGUCCAUCCGCUCCCUCAGCCCACAGGCCAAGUCUCACCUGAGGAAGAACCCGCCCACGUCCUCCAGCUCCACGUCCAUGGCGGCCGUGGUCGGUAACCCGAAGCUCCCGCCGGCGGUGAUGGACAGAUGGCUGUGGGGGCCGAUGCCGUCGGCUGAGGAGGAAGCCUACAUGGUGUCAGAGCUGCUGGGCUGCCAGCCCCUGGUGGGCAGCGUGGCCACCAAGGAGAGGGUCAUGAGUGCCCUGACCCAGGCCGAGUGCGUCCACUUCGCCACCCACAUCUCUUGGAAACUGUCGGCCUUGGUCCUCACCCCCGGCGCUGACGGCAACCCGGCCGGCGGCAAGAGCUCCUUCGGCCACCCCUACACGAUCCCCGAGUCCCUGCGGGUGCAGGACGACGCCAGCGACGGGGACAGCAUCUCGGACUGUCCGCCCCUGCAGGAGCUGCUGCUCACGGCCGCCGACGUCCUGGACCUGCGGCUUCCCGUGAAGCUGGUGGUCCUCGGCUCCUCUCAGGAGUCCCACAGCAAGGUCACGGCGGACGGGGUCGUCGCGUUGACGCGGGCCUUCCUGGCUGCCGGCGCGCAGUGUGUCCUCGUGUCCCUGUGGCCCGUGCCUGUGGCCGCUUCCAAGAUGUUUCUCCACGCCCUCUACUCAUCCCUGCUGAACGGCCUGAAAGCCAGCGCUGCCCUGGGGGAGGCCAUGAAGGCGGUGCAGAGCAGCAAGGCCUUCUCGCACCCAUCCAACUGGGCAGGGUUCCUGCUCAUCGGGAGCGACGUUAAGCUCAACAGCCCCUCGUCGCUCAUCGGCCAGGCCCUCACGGAGAUCCUCCAGCACCCGGAGCGCGCACGGGACGCCCUGCGAGUGCUGCUGCACCUGGUGGAGAAGUCCCUGCAGCGCAUCCAGAACGGGCAGCGCAACGCCAUGUACACGUCCCAGCAGAGCGUGGAGAACAAAGUGGGCGGCAUCCCCGGCUGGCAGGCCCUCCUCACCGCCGUGGGCUUCCGGCUGGACCCCCCUGCCAGCGGCCUGCCCGCAGCGGUCUUCUUCCCGACCUCCGACCCGGGCGACCGGCUCCAGCAUUGCAGCAGCACGAUCCAGUCCCUGCUGGGUCUGCCCAACCCUGCCCUCCAAGCCCUCUGCAAGCUCAUCACUGCCUCGGAGACUGGCGAGCAGCUCAUCAGCCGGGCUGUUAAAAAUAUGGUUGGAAUGCUCCACCAGGUGCUGGUUCAGCUGCAGGCGGGCGAGAAGGAGCAGGACUUCGCCUCGGCCCCCAUCCAGGUGUCCAUCAGCGUCCAGCUGUGGCGGCUCCCGGGCUGUCAUGAGUUCCUGGCGGCUCUAGGGUUCGAUCUCUGUGAAGUGGGUCAGGAGGAAGUAAUCCUGAAAACCGGGAAACAAGCCAACCGGCGAACCGUGCACUUUGCCCUGCAGUCUCUGCUCGCGCUCUUCGAUUCUACCGAGCUGCCCAAGCGCCUCAGCCUCGACAGCUCAUCCUCCCUGGAGUCUCUGGCCUCGGCCCAGUCCGUCUCCAAUGCCCUGCCCCUCAGCUACCAGCACCCGCCCUUCUCCCCCACCGGUGCGGACAGCAUUGCCUCGGACGCCAUCUCCGUGUACAGCCUGAGCUCCAUCGCCUCCUCCAUGAGCUUCGUCUCCAAGCCCGAGGCGGGAUCGGAAGGCGGGGGCCCCCGCGGCCGGCAGGACUACGACCGGUCCAAGAACGCCUACCCGCAGCGGUCCACCCUGCCUCGGGGCCAGCUGUCCCCCCAGACCCGCCCUGCGGGCGGCAAAGAUGAAGAAGAAUACGAGGGCUUCUCCAUCAUCAGCACCGAGCCGUUGGCGGCCUACCCGGAAAACCGGAAGCUGCGCUUCUCGCCGGAUCACAAGCAGUCGCGAGUGGGGACGGCCGGGGGCGUGAAGGUUUCGGUAAGCUCCAAGGGCAGCGUGAGCACACCCAACUCUCCGGUUAAAAUGACUCUGAUUCCCAGCCCCAACUCUCCCUUCCAAAAGGUUGGCAAACUAGCAAGUUCAGACACGGGAGAAUCGGACCAGUCGAGCACAGAAACCGACAGCACCGUGAAAUCCCAAGAAGAGAGCAACCCAAAGCUGGAUCCACAAGAGUUGGCCCAGAAAAUUCUAGAGGAGACGCAAAGUCAUCUCAUCGCCGUGGAGCGGCUGCAGAGGGGCGGCGGCCAGGGCAGCAAGAACAGUCACCCAGAGGACGGCGGCGGCCCCGGGCCCAACGGCGGGGCCGUCUUCAGGGCGUCAGAGACCAGCGCGUUCAGCAGGCCUCCCCUCUCGCACCCCAAGGGUCAGCCGUCACCGGUCGCUGCUAAACCAAAGCCCCCAGCCAGAAGCUCGUCCCUCCCCAAGGUGAGCUCAGGGUACAGCAGCCCCACCAGCUCGGAGGCGUCCGUCAAAGACAGCCCGAGCCAGCACGGGGGUCGGCCGUCGCCCGGCGCGGACUCCCACACCUCCCUGCCCGACCAGCCUCUCUUUAAACUCAAGUACCCCAGCUCUCCUUACAGUGCUCACAUUUCCAAGUCGCCGAGGAACGUGUCCCCCAGCUCCGGCCAUCAGUCUCCUGCCGGGAGCGCGCCGUCCCCGGCCCUCUCCUACUCGUCGGCCGGUUCUGCCCGCUCCAGUCCCGCCGACGCCCCCGACAUAGACAAACUGAAGAUGGCAGCCAUCGACGAGAAGGUGCAGGCCGUGCACAACCUGAAGAUGUUCUGGCAGAGCGCACCCCAGCAUUCCGCGGGACCAGUGAAAAUAUUCCGGGGCCCCCCUGGGACGAUGACUUCCAAAAGAGACGUCCUCAGUCUCCUAAAUUUGUCUCCUCGGCACAACAAGAAGGAGGAGGGAGUGGACAAGCUGGAGCUUAAGGAACUGUCCAUGCAGCAGCCUGGAGAAACGCCACAAAAAGCGCCUCCCAACGGCCACUGGCGCACGGAGACCACGGCACUGGGCACGCUGCCCCUGCCCGCCGGCCCGCCCGCACCGGCUCCCGCCCGCCCUUUCAGACUUCCCUCUGGCAACGGCUACAAGUUUCUGUCCCCGGGGAGAUUCUUCCCCUCCUCCAAAUGCUAGAGCGCGUCUCACAGCCGCGGGCUCCGGCUGCAGCAGCCGCGGAGACAGGCGCACGCUCACGGGCCCACGCCCGCACUCUGAGCGCGGUGGCCCCACCAGCCACGUCUCGUUGGGUGCUCCCUCGGGGCGUGGGCCGCCGCCACACCCCCCGCGCCCCCAUCCACGCGGCCGGCGGCCACCCUGGGCCAGAGCCACCACAAGCCAGAACUUCCCGUGGUGUCGGUACCGGAGGCUCGUGGAAUCUUCUACAUGCUUCACCCAAUGUUUACCUUGAACUCCCUGCUUCUCAUCUCUGAUGUGACUCUUCCACAGGAUUUUUUUUUUUACAAAACGGUCAUGGUUCUGGGUGGGGAGAGGAAAGGGAGCACAUAUUUUGCUAAGAGGCAUAUAUGCAGUACCUUUUAUACACAAAUACAAAUAGAGCUUUUUUAAAAGGCUUUCAGGUGCUGGUUGGGGGAGGGAUAUAUAAAAUCUAAGUUGAAUUCUACAUGAAAGUGUGAUAUUAGCCAAAAACAGAAUGGUUUUUAAAAUGCCAAUGAUUUGUAAUUAAACUGUAGCAAUUCUGGUCGAAUGAUCGCAUAACAUCACAGUAGCAAUGCAAUAAACUCACUGUCCAACAGCACUUCCGUCCUGAACUCCACAAACGUCCUUGGGGCCCCACUGUCAACCAAACUUGAAUUUUCUAAAAAAAUUUUAUGUAACUCUCUUCUCCAGGCAUUUUAGAACUAUGCAAUUGUGAUUUAAAAUGCAACUUUGUGCUUUGAAAACAUUAUUGACCUUUUUUGUACAUGGAUAAACAACUUGGUUUUAUUAUCGAUAGUACUUUGCAUUUAUAGCUAUUAUUUUUAAAAAGCUCAAAUUUUUUAAAAUGUCAAAUUUUGAAUAGUCAUCAGUAAGUAAUUAUCAAGUUUGCGGGGGAGGGGGGAGGUUGAAAUUAUUCAGUUUCCUUGUAAGCAAAAAAAAACAAAAAAAAACAAAAAAAAACAAAAAAAAAAAACACAGCUAACUAGAUUUAACCAGAAUGGAACUUCCAGCUCCUAUUCCCUUCGGCAGCUGCUUUAAUUUUAUUCUCUUUUCCCAACUCCAGGCCUCUGCCACCUCUCCCAUCUAGAGCUAUUCCCGGGCUCCUGCAGCCCCAGCUCCCCAUGUCUGUGAGCGGCACCCUCGGUGUAGCGGGGACCGCCCCCUCCCCCCCCACCCCCCCACCCCGACAUUACACUUUAAUGUCCACAGCCUAAGAAUGGGGGGGGGGCGUGGCUUUUGCUGGGAUUUACAUCCAAACGGUUGCUGAGCAGGGAAAUAGACAUUCCUGAAAGUGUUGUCCUGAACAAACAGGGUAGGCAUCUCCAACAGCCGUGACCUUAUGCCCAGGUUCUCGUCAGCAAGGCUGUGACAAAAGACAGUCUAGGUGGGGGUAAGCAUUGACUUCUAAAGAAAGAGAUGAAAUGCUAAAAAUCACACUAGGACCAACUUUAGUUGGAGAAUUCGAAUACACCUCUUUUACAGAAUUCUAAAAUUAAAAUCCUCCCGCCCUCCCCGUGGGGAGUGUCACACUGAGGUGGGCGGCCGCUGGGCCCGCGACACCUGGAGUGGACGUGAGAGGCGUGGCGGGAGGGGCGCCAACAUUAAGACCCCCAAGUAGAGUCUUUAGCCUCAGGUAGGAUCUCACUUUCUCAGCACACACUGACCGCUUGCCCUGUCACUCGGUGAACCCUGAAGAGAGGGAAGGAGACUAUUUCCUCGGCGAGUUACUCCCCCCUGAGCCCCAUCAUAGGGCCUUUUUCGCCUUCACCCCGACAGACAGCAAGGGUGUCCCGUUCGCACCCUGACCCCGACACUGGAAGACAGACACUUCACGAAGAAGCAAUCACGAGGUUCUUGGUGUCAGGAGGGAAAAACCAAACGGUAAUAGAAGUCCCAGAGUAGCCAAUGAAAGCAAGUUCAUAGCACUGUGCAUUUAGAUAGUGAAAUCAGGUCCCCACAACAAACACAACACCUCAGAGUAAAUUUCUGAAUCCCGAUGUAGAUAGUCAGGCGGUUCCUUUCUUAGCCAUCUCCGCCCUUUCCCAAGUGCCGAGCGGCCCCGGAGGACCGGCCUGGGGUGUGUGCUCCCCGUGUGAGCACACGCACCCCUGUCCACCUCCAGUGCACGCCCCCUACCACCCAGACCACUUCCCGUGGUGAUCGAGCCGGCUAGGAGGUCUCGUGGACCCUGACCCGGUGUUAGUCGUAACCACACUAUUGUUUUAGGUUUCGUGUCGAAAAACCAAAUGGUGUACGUGACCUUUUUUUUUUUUUUUUUUUCCGGUCCUAGAGAUAAGCUUCAGUGAAGGAAAGCUUAACAUGAUGAAACAAUAAGGACCAACCUAAAAAUCACUGUAGAAUCGCCACUUGCUUAUGUUUACUGUCUUGGUGUUUUCUUUAUGAGUGAAAUGGAUGUCAAGUCACAGGAGAUUUUUCAGGCUCCUCCAUGGAAAAAAAAAAAAAAGUAUGCACUUAAAAGUUAUGUGAGACUGUAUAAUUCACAGAUUUCUUUGUACAGAUCAGGGGUUCGCAGACCGUGACCCACAGGCUGAAUCUGGUCGGAGGCCUCGUUGUUUAUAGCCAUGAGAUAGCAAUGGAUUUCACAUGUUUAAAUAGUUAUAGAAGUACCUCCAUAAUAUUCUCGAUUUUGCCUCUUGGCCCACAAAGCCUACCAUACCGGAUGCCUGACCUUUUAAGAAAAAGUGUGCUGACUCCUGGUGCAGGAGACAGAAAACACAAUUAGAAUGUUUUGUUUCUACAGUGUAGGGAACGUGAGUGUCGAGUCGUGGAUAAAGUUGGCAUGCAUGGGAACCCUGAGCCAUGGGGUAGAAGCAAAGGACUCCCGCACAGUCCGUGGCUCUUUGCCCCGCUUGGAAUGAUUCAACGGCUGUGGGUAAAAUGAACAAAACCAUCUUUUCCUUACCGUGUGCAGAAAGCAUUGGAUACGUUUCGUUUUCAGCUCAGGAAACUGGAAUGUCCUGCCCCCAUCCUCCUCCAUCAGAUGCAGAUACACUGAGCACAAGCAAUAAAAUCUCCCUCCUUGGCAUGACCACAAAGCAAGGGGUAGAUCCCAUCUGAAUUCUCACCGGUUGGCGAACUUGUUAAUAACCAAGUCAAAACACCAGGACAAAAUGAGCUACUGAAACUUAACGUUUUGAUCCGCCUUAGCGCGUAGUGAAACGAAAAUGUUGUCACUUCAUCCUGUUUGAAAAACAUCGUGGUCCACUCUGAUCCUCGCUGGGUCUCAGCAGGACACACUGUCCUUGUCCCGCUCUGCCGUCCCAGUGAAUCUCGGUAAGUGGUCAUUGCAGCAAGUCCCCAGCACACGCCCGACCCUCCCCCCCCCACCCCACCCCCACCCCCGACCCCCCUGCCACCUCCCACCACCACUUGGUUAGUUACUGCUCAGUGUGGAAGAAAUAGGGCGCGGUACUCUGGUUGCUUUCAGUAAGGAGGCAGAGGGUGAAAACUGUGUCAUGUUCAUCACACAUUUUGUUGUUUCACCUGAAAGGAUUGUUCACGUGGUUUGUGAGCUGGGCCCUUGCUUGUCACGGUUCUUUCAAAGAUGUGAGGACACAUGCCGUCACCUCUCCCCGCCUCAGACGCCUUCCCUGCUUGGCACUCGCCCCCCACCCCCUUGUAUGCCGUGUUAGCCAUCCUUGGCCUAGAGGGACUUUUUUUUUUUGUAAAUUAGUUUCCAGAUGGCAUUAAACUUUUUAUAUUACGAAAUUUACCAUGUAAAAAGAACUUCAUAUUUUUAUUGAGAUUGUUAAGGCACUUGGCCUUCCUUUGUGAUUUCAGUGUCUAUUAAAGCAUGAGUUCCCACGGUUUUAA